AAGAAAGCUAAGGAAUGCCGAGGAGGCGAAGAAAAGGAAGUGGGAAAGCCAUGGCCCCCAAGGUUCCAACAAGAAGGGGAACCAUGGGGGAGGCGGAUCGUUCAGGGCACCGGCACCGCCAUCAAAAGGGAACCCGGCCUUCAGCGGGCACAACUCGGGCUCACAAGCGUCAACUGCGCCAAGGUGUAGGAAUUGCAACCGGAGCCACGCCGGUAAGUGUCGUGAUCCACCACGGUGCUACCAACGCGGGAGCACAGGGCAUAUCAAGCCCAACUGCCCUCAACUUGGUGGGAACCGAGGGGCGGGAUCAAGCGGCCCUACUACGGCAAGUAGGAACCGAACCGGAGCACCUCAUGCCAGUACGGGCCAAGGGGGAGCAAGCACAAGCAAUGCACCGUCCGUUAACCAAGGAAGGACCCAAGCAAGGGUCUACGCAAUGACGGAGGCGGAUGCCCGAGCUAACCCAGAUUCGGUUGCAGUUUCAGGUAGGGAGUAGAGCUUGCUACUACCGCUCGUUGCUUCGGGGAAUUCAAGGAGGAAGGCGGGGUUCGUACUUCUCCUGUUUCUGUUUUGAAAACAAUUUAAAUAAUGCUCAUGGAUAUUAUUUCGAAUAUUUAUUUGGGGGCUUGUAUGCCCGUGGUUGCCACGUGUGGCUUGAAUAUUUGUAAUUAUGUUUCCGCUGCUUAAUUAAAUAUUUUACGUUAUGAUUGUUUAUGGAUGUACUAUGUGUGAAUGGUAUUCAAG